AUGUGGCUAGGGAACGAGUCAUCCAACUGGGGGACUAACGCUCAGCCAGCACGUACGGCCGAGACUCUCAAAGCUUGUACGCUUGAAAACCAGUCCUACACGCGCAGACUACCCAAUCAAGGGUCUACAGCAACAUCCCGUCAAGGAUGCCCCGGGUCCGACAAAUCCAAGUAUCUCAAGUUUCCGUAUCCAAGUUCCAAUUUCAGGGAGGUACAUAGGGUAGUGCUUAUAGCACUCCAAACUGACAUUCUAUACUCAAACCUUUCCACAAUCACAACUCAACAACCCAAGUACCCCACACAUAGACAAUAUAGGUAG